AUGCCCACUGCACCAUCUCCAUCGCCUCGUCCUGAACGAGCAGUUAUUGGAUUUUUUCUUUAUGUUACAUCUAUUUUUACUUUUGCUAUUUAUGUACUCUGGGCAUAUUUACCCAACGAUUGGUUUGAAAAAAUUGGUAUUACAUAUUAUCCUCAUAAAUAUUGGUCAAUUGCAAUUGCUGUUCUAGUAUUGACAUUAUUAAUUGGUGUUAUAGUUGGUAAUUAUCUACUGAAUAAUUUAUCUAUACCACCAUUAGAUAGUAUAAGCUUAAUUCAUGAUCGUCAUACACGGAAGCCACAAGAUUUAAUCAGUUCUGAAACAGAUGCAAUUCCACCAGUAUCAGAUUUGGACUUAUCAUUUGUUAAUCAAGUACUUUAUUCUUCACAUACGAAAUAA